ACUCGAUCUGCCUUGGUCUGCCUCGAUCUCCCCAGCCGCCUCGAAUCGCUUCCUUCCGCCAUGGCCGACAUCGACACCGCUUGCAUCAACACCAUCCGCUGCCUGGCCCCGGAUGUCGUCCAGAAGGCCAACGCCGGCCAUCCCGGUGCCCCCAUGGGCUGCGCCCCCAUGGCCCACAUCCUCUUCUCCCGGUUCAUCCGCGGCUCUCCCGCCCACCCCAAAUGGAUCAACCGCGACCGUUUUGUCCUCUCCAACGGCCACGCUUGUGCCCUGCAGUACAUUCUCCUCCACCUCACCGGCUACAACAUCUCUCUCGAUGAUCUGAAGAGCUUCCGCCAGCUCCACUCCAAGACCCCUGGUCACCCCGAGACCAAUCACGGUGUCGACGGCAUUGAGGUUACCACCGGCCCGCUCGGCCAGGGCGUUUCCAGCGCCGUCGGUCUUGCCAUGGCUGAGGCCCAUCUUGCCGCCACCUUCAACCGCCCCGGCUUCGAGCUGAUCAACAACUACACCUACUGCAUCCUUGGUGACGGCUGUCUCCAGGAGGGUGUCCAGGCUGAGGCUGUUGCUCUCGCUGGCCACCUCCAGCUUGGCAAGCUGAUCUGCCUCUACGACGACAACCACAUCACCAUCGACGGUGACACUGCCUUGGGCUUCACCGAGGAUGUUUGCAAGCGCUUCGAGGCCUACGGUUGGCACACCCAGGUCAUCACCGAUGGUGACCACGAUAUCGAGGGCAUCGCCAGAGCCAUCGAGAUCGCUCAGGCCGUCGCCGACAAGCCCUCCCUGAUCAAGAUCCGCACCACUAUCGGAUAUGGCUCCAAGAACCAGGGCGAGGAGAAGGUCCAUGGCUCCCCUCUGGGUGAGGCCGACAUUCUCAAUGUCAAGGCCAAGUUUGGCUUCCCCACCGACAAGAAGUUCUAUAUUCCUGAUGAGGUCUACGGCUUCUACAAGAACUUCUCCCUCCGCGGCCAGCAGCUCUACGCCCAGUGGACCGAGACCUUUGCCACCUACGGCCAGACCCACCCCGAGCUGCAUGCCGAGCUGAGCCGUCGUCUUGCCGGCGAGCUCCCUGCUGGAUGGAAGGAUGCCCUCCCCAAGUACACCAGCGCAAGUGCCACCCUGGCCACUCGCAAAACCUCCGAGGCUGUCUUCAACGCCAUCGCUGAGCGCAUCCCCGAAAUUAUCGGCGGCUCUGCCGAUCUCACUGGCUCCAACAACUGCUGGUGGAAGACCGCCAAGGACUUCCAGCCCCCCGCCACCGGUCUCGGCACCUAUGCCGGUCGAUACAUCCGCUUCGGUGUUCGCGAGCACGGAAUGGCUGCUAUUUGCAACGGCCUCCACGCCUACGGCGGUCUGAUUCCGUUCGGCGCUACUUUCUUCAACUUCAUCGGCUACGCCCUUGGUGCCGUGCGUCUGUCCUCGCUAUCCAAGCACCAGGUCCUGUACGUCAUGACCCACGACUCGAUCGGCCUUGGCGAGGACGGCCCUACCCACCAGCCCAUCGAAACCCUCGCCGAGCUCCGCGCUCUGCCCAACACCCUGGUCAUCCGUCCUGCCGAUGGCCACGAGACCAACGGCGCCUACAUUGCCGCCCUCGAGAACCGCACUGGCCCGACUGUUCUGGUCCUCACUCGUCAGAACCUGCCCCACUUUGACACCUCCUCGGCCGAGGGCGUCCUCAAGGGUGCCUACGUUCUCCAGGACGUGGCCAGCCCUCAGGUCAUCCUGGUUGCCACUGGCUCCGAGGUCUCGCUCGCCGUCAACACCGCCAAGGAGCUCGCCAACUCUGGUGUCCAUGCCCGCGUCGUCUCUUUCCCCUCCUGGGAGCUCUUCGAGGCCCAGUCGCAGGAGUACAAGGACUCGGUCUUCCCCGAGGGCAUCCCUGUGCUGAGCAUUGAGGCCCUGAGCACCUUUGGCUGGGACCGCUACGCCCACGCCUCGGUUGGUGUCAACAGCUUUGGUAUCUCUGCCCCCGCCAGCCAGAUCUACAAGACCUUUGGUCUUGUUCCCGAUGUCAUCGCCGAGAAGGCCAAGCGCCUCAUCAGCUACUACAGCGACCGCAAGCCCGAGUGGAAGCUGCGCAAGCCCUUCUAAGUGGCUCGCCUGCGGCCACCACCACCCAGUCGAAAGCCCUGCAGUCGCCAUCGAUCCGUAACCCCCCCCCCAGAAGUUCAAUGUUAACAAAGCUGACUGGAUCUGCGAUGAUGGAUGUGUGGCCGUGCCGGGCCUGCUGGACAGUCCUGUGGACAGUCCUGAUGGGCAGUCCUGUGGGCAGCAGGAGUGCGUGCUUCGAAUUGUAGGGCGAUGGUGGCGAGCCAAGUACACCAAAGGCAGCCGAGCGUUGGCAUCAUGCAAUGUGCGUUGUUGGGUCGAGACGAAAGCCCGUGGCCAUGAACCCACCGGGC